AUGUCUGAAAAGGCAGAGCGGCCGGAGAGUUCCACAGGAAUCAAAGGAAUUCCGCCCGACGGCUACGAGGAUGGCGUCUUGACGACAUAUACUCAGUUCUGCCACGAGGAGUACCGCCGAGAAGUGGAUUGCUCCGGAGCCAUCAAAGUGUAUAUCGACAUAGCUGCACAUGACCUGAAAGCGGUGGAUGAUCAUCAUGAAGAGUUUCACAUGGUGUUCGUGCUGAAGCUUUCUUGGCUGGACCCCGACCUGAAAAACUAUAAGUCGCGCGUAGCUGUUCGAGACAUAGACGGCGAAUCGAAGAUUCAUCUGCGAAAGCUCGACGUCGUCAUCACGAAGAUGUAUGCGAACGGCGACAUAGAGUACAUCGACAUGUCCGAUGACCAUCACAUUGUCAAGAAUCUCCGCAAGAAAGAGUAUGUCACCAUUCAAGAGCCCGACUGGAGCAAGUACUUCUUCCCCUCAUAUUCGAUCUUGAACCUGCAACAUGGAACGGACAACCAGGUUGUUUUCCGAAAGUUGCUGUGGUCUGACGAGAAUGGUGGAUUUGCAACGUAUUCGAUUAAGUACGAUGCGACUUUGAAAGAAAGCCUGGACCUGCGCAGGUUUCCGCUGGACCGCCAGUUGUGCAGGAUAAGGCUGACUGCGGAACGAACCAUUGACGAAUUUCAGUUCGUUGUGGUGAAGGGCAACAAGAAAGGUAUUGGACAAAUCUGUGCCAUGUGGCACCUGGACGACUCGUCAAGGUCCACGGUCUAUGUUCGUCAUUGCGACAGGUAUCUGCCAUUUGCAAGCCAGCGCUCUUGCGUGAACGCAGUGUUCCACCUUGAGCGGAAAGGUGAGUAUUACUUUCGUGGUAAGCUGCUCAUGGUCUUUCUGGUGAACAUCCUCAGCCUGUGCGUCUUCGCGAUUUCACUGGAGGAUGUCAGCGGACGAUUGAGGCAUCUGAGCAGGUGUUUUCUUGCAGUCCUGGCGUACCGCUACGUCAUCGAUGGAACAUUGCCCCGGAAAGAAUACCUCACAGGUGCUGACGCAUACAUUGUAUUUGCUUGCAGCUUUCAAGCCCUCCUUGUCAUUGAGACGGUCGUCUUUCACAAGUUUCUCAUCAACUUUCUGGAAAACCCUAUCUUGGUUGACAGGUAUAUUGGCCUGUCUCUUCUGCUGGCAUGGUGCGGUGUGAACAGUUUGUUGCGUUGGCUGUGGCAACAUGACACCGGCAGGAACAACUGGGAAAUCUGGGAAGCGAUCUACAAGAAAGGUCGCGAACCAUAUGCGCCGAUCAAUCGGUGUUCAGACUGUGGGGAGAUGUGGCUGAGCAAGCAAUGCGAGCACUCGAGCAAAAGAAAGCAGUGCAUCAACUGGCCGGAUUGCUUUGGUGAGAACGAAAGCAUCGCGACUAUCUACAAAACUCCUUUCCACCCCAUUCCAGCUAUCGUGGAGCCGCAAGCCUUCCCGAGACCACCGCCUUCACUGAAGGAGCUCCCAGAAACCCGGGAACGUGCCUGA